AUGCCGGAGGACACUCCAAUUGAUGAUCAAAAUGGCGUGUCUGCCAAUCCAACAAUUGAUGUUGCCUCUGUUACCUCACUUUCUGUCCAACAACUUCAAGACAUGAAACUUCAACAGUUUGACAGAAAAGGCAAUCCCAAGCAACAUAUUGCACACUUUGUAGUGACUUGCGUUGAAGCAUGUAUGCAAAGCAUGCGCUGGGAGUUUCUUUACAUCUUACAAGGGAUUAAGCCUCGCACAUUUGAAGAGCUUGUUACUCGAACCCACGACAUGGAGCUUAGCAUGGAAAAUUAUGGUGCUAGGAAAGAUGUUCCAGAUAUACCCGACAACCUUCAAGAAGAUGAGGAAAGUGAAUCAGAAGAAGAAGACAAAAUACUUCUUGUAGAAGACUUCAUAUUAUCAUUCUCAGUCUCAGUUUUUGUUAUCUUACUUGUAACCCCUUUUGUUGUCAUCUCCUUACUCAACUAUACACUAGGUCCCGACAGAUCUUGGGUUUUAUUGUUCUCUCCAUUGGAAGCCCUUUUCGGUUCUUCCUUUUUCAAUGGCUCGUUUCAGUCCAAAGAUUCAACUCUGCAAUCUCCAUUGGAAGAGGGGACAUUUAGUACCAAAAGCCCUGCUACAGUGUCCAAAGGAGUUGCUAAGAGAAACACAAGAUUAGAGAGGGUUGAAGCUAGUUUGGCCAAAGUCAGGUCUUCCAUUAAAGAAGCUGCCCAAAAUGGCAACACCACAUCUACCCAUGAGGACCCUGACUAUGUCCCUAAUGGCCUCAUCUACAGAAAUCCCAAUGCCUUUCAUUGGAGCUAUCUAGAAAUGGAGAAACUCUUUAAGAUCCAUGUCUAUGAAGAAGGAGAGCCUCCAUUGUUCCACAAUGGACCGUGUGGGAGUAUAUAUUCCACCGAGGGAAGGUUCAUUAGUGAAAUGGAACAAGGGAACUUAUAUAGAACCAAAGACCCUGACGACGCCUUCGUAUACUUCCUUCCAUUUAGUGUGGUGAUGAUGGUUCAGUACCUCUAUGAGGUCGGUAACUAUGGAUUCCAAGACAGUGGUCAUAUUGUUGCCGAUUAUAUAAACGUUAUUGCAACCAAACAUCCCUUUUGGAAUAGAAGCCUUGGCUCUGACCACUUCAUGCUCUCUUGCCAUGAUUGGGGUCCAAGCACAACUUCUCAUGUACCAAAUCUAUUCAACAACUCAAUCAGAGUUCUUUGCAAUGCCAACACUUCUGAAGGAUUCAGUCCUUCUAAGGAUGUGUCAUUGCCUGAAGUCAAUCUCAAAACCAGAGAAAUGACAGGGCUUCUUGGCGGUCUCUCUCCUUCCCAACGUUCAAUUCUCGCCUUCUUCGCUGGUGGACUACACGGCCAUAUUAGGCACCUGCUUUUAGAGCAAUGGGAAGGCAAAGAUCAAGAUGUGCUCGUAUGUAAAGCCGUUCCAGCCAGAGUUUCCUACGAGGCAAUGCUGAAAAAGAGCAGGUUUUGCUUGUGCCCCAGUGGGUACGAAGUUGCAAGUCCACGAAUUGUUGAAGCCAUCUUCUCGGAAUGCAUUCCUGUGCUGAUUUCAGAAGGCUAUGUCGAGCCAUUCAGCGACGUUCUGAACUGGGAUGCGUUUUCCAUCACCGUGCCAGUGAAUGACAUACCCAAUAUAAAGAAGAUACCAAUGGGCAUAUCUGAAGCUCAGUACUUGACAAUGCACACAAGGGUGAAGCAAGUGCAAAGGCAUUUUGUGCACAAUGGACCGCCCAAGAGAUUUGACAUUUUUCAUAUGAUUGUUCACUCCGUUUGGCUGAGAAGAUUGAAUGUUCAUGUUAAGGAAUUGAAUUUUGAAGAUGAUCGACAUCGAUUACGAGAUAAUGGCUCAACUCUAAAGGGUUUUGCGCUCACUGGAAAGUACCAAAUGUAAAUGUAUUAGGUUCCAGGAUCAAAUUGUUUGAUAGUGAGCUAGCUUCCAAGAAUAACAUUCAGAUGAUCAUCACUAUGCGACUCAAACUGAACUUUUUGAAGACUUGAUAACUGCAUAAUUGCCUCUUCUAUUGGUCCUUCCAAGAAGGCUAAAGAGCAGAUCAUUUUGGUUUUGAUUUUCACUUGCUCAUUCCUCUCUGUUUUGUUUAAAUUUCAGCUUUUACUAAUUGCACUUUUAAGAUUGAUCCAUCAAAGAUAAAAGUAGAAUGGUACUUGCUUUGAACAGAUGUUGUAGUUAGGCUUGUGAAUUUGGAUUCGA